GGUAUCGAGCAUUUUUUCUUUUUCCCUUUCUCAUUUUCCCUAAUUGAAAGAUCGAAGCUGCUGUCCCCAAAUUAGUCUACCUGCAAUUCAAAGCCGCGGAUAGACAAUGGCUCUUCAGAUUGCGAAAAGAGUCCUUCGAAAUUCAGUUGCACCGUCCAUUAGGUUUUUGGAUCGGAGCUUUACUUCCGAAUCCAAUUCCAACUUGAUCCGCGCUACUCUUUUCCCCGGCGAUGGUAUUGGACCUGAGAUCGCUGAGUCCGUCAGGCAGAUAUUCAAGGUUGCUGAGGUACCAAUUGAAUGGGAAGAACACUAUGUGGGGAAGGAGAGAGACCCUAGAACCAACAGCUUUCUAACAUGGGAAAGUCUUGAAUCUGUGAGACGGAAUAAGGUUGGUUUGAAAGGGCCAAUGGCCACUCCUAUUGGAAAAGGUCAUCGUUCCUUGAACCUUACAUUGAGGAAGGAGUUAAAUCUAUAUGCCAAUGUUAGACCUUGCUAUAGCCUACCUGGAUAUAAGACUCGCUACGAUGAUGUGAAUCUCAUCACUAUUAGAGAAAACACUGAAGGAGAGUACAGUGGUCUUGAACAUCAAGUAGUAAGGGGUGUGGUUGAAAGUCUCAAGAUCAUCACCCGUCAAGCAAGUUUAAGGGUUGCAGAGUAUGCAUUUCACUAUGCCAAGACCCAUGGAAGAGAGAGAGUGUCUGCAAUUCACAAAGACAACAUCAUGCAAAAGACAGACGGUCUUUUUCUCAAGUGUUGCCGAGAGGUCGCGGAGAACUACCCUGAGAUAAAGUAUGAGGAAGUUGUCAUUGACAAUUGCUGUAUGAUGCUUGUGAAAAAUCCAGCACUUUAUGAUGUUCUGGUGAUGCCUAACCUUUAUGGUGACAUAAUCAGUGAUCUUUGUGCUAGUUUGAUUGGUGGUUUGGGCUUAACUCCAAGUUGCAAUAUUGGUGAGGGAGGUAUUGCUCUUGCUGAGGCCGUGCAUGGUUCAGCACCUGAUAUUGCCGGAAAGGAUUUGGCGAAUCCAACUGCUUUGCUUUUGAGUUCUGUCUCUAUGCUUCCUCAUCUAGAGCUUCAUGAUAAAGCUGAUCGCAUCCAAGAUGCCAUCCUAAAAACAAUUAAAGAGGGAAAGUACCGAACAGGCGACCUUGGAGGCACCACAUCAUUUCAAAAAGUCCUUCGCCCCUUAUCUCCUCAUCUUCCUAUUUAUAAGCCACAGCUUACUUCGACGCUUUCAAUUUUUCAUAGAAUCUCUGGAGCUUUCCUAGCCACUAUAGUUUUCUUUUAUUAUCUUCUUUGUCUGAAAAUAGGUUUGAUUUGCUUCACCUACGAGAAUUUCUACCAAUUCUGCUUUUAUUCACCAAAGUUCAUCCUAAUCUCCGUCGAGAUUACUGCCUUAGCCCUGUCCUAUCAUCUCUAUAAUGGAGUGCGUCAUUUAUUGACGGAUUUUUCGGGAUUUUUCUUUCUUAGAAUUGGAAGAAAAAGAUUGAAAUGACUGUGAAAAAUUGAACCUAUACCUUUUGCGAGUUCACUAAUGCCAUCUGCAAUCAUCUUUGAACAUGCUGGUGCAAGUGUAUAUUAUAUUUUGCAAUGGGUUCAACAAAGCAAAUGUUUCUUUCAAAGAUGCAGCUGAAAUCGAUUUUGUUGCUUUUGGCGACUUAAAACUAUAUUUCCUUGGUUUUUAUAGAAAUUUGCAUAAUGGGGAAUAUUACAAUACAUUCUCAAAGGAUAUAUUUCAUUGAAUAGCAUCCACAACCAGUAAUGGGUGGCUUUUAUGUUAAUUUGCAAGAAAUAAGAGAUUCAUUCUUAUAGUGUUUCUUGUUGUUAGUUCAAUUCAUAAUAUUCUUGCUUCUGUCCUGAUCA